UGUAAUGUAAUGCCCUCCCCUGAAAGAUGGGGAAGUUAAGAUCUGAGGCAUCCUAUCUCCUGGCCAGAAACCAUUGUCUGUUCAUCAGCACCUAGAUACAAGCACCAUGGCUACUGCUGCAUACCUAAUCACACAUUUCCAUCCAUUUGUGAACAGGGCUGCAUGAACUACAGAGAUGGUCAACUUCAGCGCCUCCCAAGUUAACAUAACCCAAAGCAGCAGAUAAUGGCUAUCAGAAGCAGGAAAUUCCAGGACUUUGUAUCUGAGCCUAUGGGUGACAAACCUAUUAUAGUAGUUGAUGGCAUAAGUGAGGAGCUUGGAGCCAAACUAGCAGCAAAGGGCUUUGACAAGGCGUACAUCCUCCUGGGCCAGUUCCUCCUCUUGAAGAAGGAAUGUGCUACAUUUCAAAAGUGGCUGAAGUUGUCCUAUGGAGCCAGCAGCUACCAGGCUGAGCGCUGUGCCCUCUGUCUCUUGGAGUGGUGCCUCACAUUCCUGUAGGAUCCCAGGGAUCCUCCAUGCCCCAAACACACACACUUCAAAACAACAACCUCUUCCCCCUCACAGACCUGAAACCAAUGAUUUCUUGCAGUCAUGAUGUUAUUAAACCAAUGAAGCAUUUA